GUGGCUGUCAGCCCGCAGGGCUCCCAGGCCGGAGGUGUCACCCCCGACAGGCACAGGCCAGAGCUCGGACACCCAGCAUGUGGGCACAGCCUGCGAGGAGGACGCUGCUCAUUCUGACCCUCAGACUCCUGUUCCUGAACCCCGUGAUCGCGGGCACCUGCUCGGGCAGCGGCCAGGAGCUCCUCACGCAGCUGUGGAACCAGGCGAACCUCAUGCAGGACGCCGGCCUGCUCCUGGACCCCUACAUCCGCAUCCAAGGCCUUGACGUGUCGGGACUGAAGGAGAGCUGCCACGAGCGGCCCGGGGUCUUUCCCAGCGCGCAGGCCCUGCAGAGGCUCAGCCGGAGGGGCGUCCUGCAGACCCUCCACGCCCAGCUGGGCCGGGCGCUGCACAGACUGGCCGCGCUCCAGCAGGACACCCCCGACGUCCCGGCCUGGCGGAUGGCCAGGAGCUACCUCCUCGGGAUGAGGAACAACGUCCACUGCAUGGCCCAGCUGCUGCCGGGCGCCCCGGAACCGGCCGAGCCCGCGCCCUCGCGCCCGGGGACCGCCCCCCGGCCCACCGCCGCCCCCAAUGCCUUCGCGCGCAAGUUGGAGGGCUGCCGGUUCCUGCACGGCUUCCACCGCUUCAUGCACGCGGCGGGGCAGGUCCUCCGGGAGUGGAGGGAGACCCUGAGCCCCAGGAGCCGCAGGCACAGCCCCCGCCAGGCCCCGCGGAGCGGGGUGCGCCGGGCGCGCGGGACGCAACCCUCCGGGAGGGGCAGGAGACUGGUGCCCAGGGGGCAGCUGCCCCGGUAGCCUUAGGGGUCCCCCCCCCCCCGCAGGGGAAGGAUCAGCAGGUGCUUCUCAGGAAGCUCCCCGGGUCUCCACACCUGCUUCCCAUCUCUCCAAAGUGCACUUUAAGGGGUGAGAGCCCGGGAGGUUCCUCUACCUCCUCCCGGACGGGGAGACAGGACCCCACCGUUGUGCCCUCCCCGAGUCCCCCCAUCCCAGUGGGGUGGCUGGGUCAGGCCACGCGGGGCCGACUUUCCAUUGAUUCAGGGGUCUGAUGACACAGGCUGACUCAUGGCCAGACUGACCGCCACCCCCCACUCCACUGCCCGGAGGUCUGCCGGCCGGCCCUCUCAUGACUUGCAGAGUCGUGGCCCCCAGACUUCCUCCUUUCCGUGGCGGCUUGGUUCUGAGGAGGAGGGGGGGCUGGUCAGGGCCUGAGCUGGCCUCCGAUGCCUCAUCGCCAGACACCUGGACGUCUGGGUGACCUCACUUAGGCAGCUAUGACAGGGGCAGAGUGUCCUGCAAGAGAUACUGAUGGGGGCGACCCAAGGAAAGGGGUUCAGGGCCCGGCGUGGCCCCUCGCUCACUGUGUGACCUCAGGCCGGGCCACUUGACCUCCGCGGCCCUCGGCUUUGUCUUCGUGAAUGGAAGGGGUUGGGGGACCCGGUAAAGCCGGGCCUGUCAGCUGCUGGGACUCACUGACAUAGGAUGGGUUUCAAGUUCUUUCCGUGAACGGGGGACACGCAGGGCAGGGACCCGGGUGCAGACUGAAUUCCGCGCCGGGGACUUCCCAGCGCGGGUUCUGGCUGCCGGCUGCUCCCCCUGGUGGUGGGCCUUGGAAUGUUUCUCAUGCUGAAACCAAUUGUCCUCCUGAAGGGUUCUGGGCCGAUUCCUUGGAGGAACAUGAUUAAUUUAUCGAUUUUUUUUUUUAUCAGUUUGUAUCUGUUUUUUUUUAAAAACAUUUUAUUUAUGAGGCUUAUUUAUGAUGUGUAUUUAAUGUUAAUAUUGUGCCAACGUAUAUUUAAAACGUGCCUGGUUUCUAA